AAGAAGGUACCUCUGAUCCGUUGUUCUGCCUGCCUUUCCCUUUUCUUUGAAUUUGCUUGCGACUACCACCUAGUACCAUCUUACCAUCUCUGGUAUUCUCUCGUUUGAACAUCUCGAAAUGCUAUCAUCAUCACUCUCGCUUCUCGCCCUCGCCGGUGCUGCUUCUGCUCAGGUCCGCGGCUUCAACUAUGGCGCCCUCUACGCCAACUCCGUCGCUCGUCAGCAGGCCGAUUUCGAGGCCGACUUCAGGGCUGCACAGGAGCUUCCCGGUGUAGGCGGCUUCACAUCCGCACGUCUCUUUACCAUGGUGCAAGGCUACUCUACAAACACGGUCAUUUCUGCCCUUCCAGCCGCCAUCUCGACCAACACAUCUCUGCUGCUCGGUAUCUGGUGCAGUGCAGGCCAGGAGGCUUUCAACCAAGAGCUCGCAGCUUUGAGGACUGCCAUCUCGCAAUAUGGCGAGCAGCUCUCCGACUCCAUCAUUGGUAUUUCGGUAGGUUCUGAGGACCUGUACCGCAUCUCGCCAACUGGUAUCGAGAACGAAAGUGGUCCAGGUGCUGGACCAGAGCAGCUCGUCAGCUACAUCUCGCAGGUGCGCGAUGUUCUGAGCGGCACUGUUUGGGCUGAUAAGCAGAUUGGACACGUCGACACCUGGACUGCCUAUGUCAACAGCUCCAACAACGCUCUCAUUGAGGCUCUUGACUGGGUCGGCGUUGAUGCGUACCCUUACUUCGAGACUACGAACCCCAACAGCAUUGAGAACUCUCCCGAUCUCUUCUUUAACGCCUACGAUGCCACUGUCGGCGCUGCUAUGGGAAAGCCCGUCUGGGUAACCGAGACUGGCUGGCCUGUGACCGGAGGCCAAUCUGGCCAGGCCACGUCUGGAACUGCGAAUGCUGAGCUGUACUGGAAGGGUGUCGCAUGCCGCCUUCUGGGCAGCGUGAACACUUGGUGGUACCAGUUGAAUGAUGGUGCUCCUCAGGACGUCUCGUUCGCUGUGAUCCCUGCCGACCGCGGCGAACCUCUCUACGAUCUCUCUUGCUCAGCCUCCGGCAGCAGUUCGUCGAGCGCAGCCAUGAGCGCCACCUCUAUGGCUUCGUCUGGCUCCACAUCCGCUGCCUCUGUCACUGCCUCUGGCUCGAUGCUCCUGGCUCCUACUGGCACACCAUCUGCUCGUCCAAUGAGCGUUUCUGGCGGCGCUGGCGCCAUUGCUACGGCUACCCCAGACACGGAUACGCCAAGCGACAACAACCAGAACGUGGGCCCAAUUGCCAGUCAGCCAGCAGGCAGCGGAGCACCCAUGGGCACCGGCAUGGGGGGCGCAGGUUAUCCCGCACCAAUGGGCACCGGCGUGAGUGCAGGCUCACCAGCUGUCAGCAACGGUACCAUGCCAGGCUCAUACUCACCAUCAGCCGGCCCCAGCAUGCCAGCUUCUUACACUGGUUCAGCGAUUGCAAACGCACCAGCAGUCGGACUCCUUAUCGUCGGUGCGAUCAUGGCCGCGUUGUAGUAGACUAUUUGAGUCUUUGAUUUUGUCUCUCUCUCACCAAAAAAGCAUCAGCAGGGCAUUGGGGGAAAGGAGCAUGUACAGGGGGAAAAUAAUGUCCUCAAUGCAUACAUAAUAAUGACACCACAUAACGACCGAGAAGUGGACCCGAGUAAAGUGUACAGUACAUGCAUGACGUGGGAAAUAAUAGAUGUCGUUGCGCAGUACCUAGGAAGUACGGUAGAGAAGUUUCGUAUUGUACACAAAACAGCAUCAGGUGUCUUGCGAC